AUGUGGAAGUUUUGGAAAUCCAUAAAACACUUUCUAAAGUGGCUUUGGGUUGAGAAAAUACGCUUCCUUGAAUUACAUUAUAUAUAUUUCACCCUUCUCAUAUUCAUCACAUCUGCAUUCUAUUACUUCCAGCCCGACAACAAAUGGAGUUAUGUUGAUGCGUUGUUUACCGCAACCUCUGGUGCAACAAACACCGGCCUCAACGUUAUACGCAUGUCAGAUAUGAGCACGUACCAAGUUCUCGUACUCUACUUUACGUCGUUUCUAGGCUCUCAUGUAACCAUUUCGCUUAUAAUUCUUUAUAUUCGAAAACACUUCUUUUCAAUCCGUUUCGAUGAUAUGAUCAAGUUCAAUCGUCAACGUCAACGCGAAGAACGAAAUAAGAGAAGAUUCGAACGUUCAAUUCUUGAUCUCGAACGUGGUGUAAAGAAAGAAUACCGUGAAAGAGCUAUGACUGCCAUGCCAGGUUUGAAGCGUCGAAUGUCCAUCUUCACCCCUAACAUAACAGAAUUGGAGAACGAAAAGGCUGCUAACGAGCAAGCUAAGCUCGGAAGACACAGGAGCUGCUCAGUUGAUUUUAACGUCAGUAGUCCACCCUCAAAGAAGGUUCAAGAUCAACUUGAUAAAUUCAAAAAGACUCGAGACAAAUACUUGGAUGCCCACAAAAAACGCCGUAUGUCUCUUGCUCCAGAAACUCUCAACACUCCAAACGAUGAAGAUAGCAAUCGGACAAGAAAUAGCCGGGGAACUUCCGACAGUGCAAUGGCAAUAAUGAAACCUCGAUCUUUAAAUAUAAAUACCACACCUAAUAACAAUUUGGAUCAUCAGCUGACCCGUGAACAGCGCUAUAAAAUCGGUGGAGCUGAAUACCGUGCAAUUGAUAUGUUGACUCGUUUGGUGCCUCUGUAUUAUAUUGGCUUCAUUAUUGGCUUUGGUUUCAUUUUUCGAAUCUACAUAGCCGCAUCAGCAUAUGCUCGCAAUGUUCUUGAAACCUCGAACGGUAACGGGCCCGUUAAUCCUUGGCUGUUUUCAUUCUUUCUCUCUAUUUCGGCCUUUAACAACCUUGGUCUGAGUCUGGUAGACGCAAGCAUGGUUCCGUUCCAAAACGCGCCGUUUCCGCUUAUUAUGGCUGCAUUCUUGGUGCUUAUAGGCAAUACGGCCUAUGCUUUAAUGCUUCGUUUUAUCAUUUGGUCCUUCAAAAAAUGUACACCUCCGUCGUACGUUAUGCUUCGUGAAACAUUACACUAUUUGCUUGAACAUCCCCGAAGAUGUUAUACAACUUUAUUUCCAGCUACACAGACGCGUUGGCUAUUGCUUGUAUUGAUUGCAAUUACUGUGGCUGAAAUCGGAAGUUUCCUUGCUCUUAAUUAUUGGCUUCCAGUAUUGAAUGGAAUUCCGUGGGCUUCCCGUGUUUUAGAUGGCAUCUUUCAAUCUAUUGCAACCCGAAGCGCUGGUUUCAGUGUAGUGAGUUUGAUCGACCUCAACCCGGGCACGCAACUGGUGUAUAUUAUUGCUAUGUAUAUUAGUGUUUACCCUGUCGCAAUAUCCAUGCGUAACAGUAACGUUUACCAGGAGCGUGCACUGGGUAUAUUUCAUCAUGAACAGGAAGAUCAAGAAGGGGAAAACGAAGAGUAUAAGCCAGAGACAUUCUCCAAGAUAAUCAAACUCGAUCGUCAUCCAACUAUCAAUAGCGUGUUAACUAACUCGCGAAAGGUGAUCCGUAGUCCCGACUUUUUUGUAAUGACACAGAUUCAGCGACAGCUUACAAACGAAAUUUGUUGGUUGAUUGCUGGUGUCUUCUUGGUGUGUGUAAUUGAAUCAGGACCAAUUAUGGACCCAUCGCCGAUAACCUUUUUGACCAUACUUUACGAGUGUGUUUCUGCAUUUGGUAACGUUGGUGCCUCUGUUGGCUUCCCAGGGACUACUCCUUCUCAGUCAGCCGAGUACCGUACCCUCAGUAAACUUGUUAUUAUGGUACUUAUGUAUCGAGGCCGACACAGAGGACUUCCGGCGGCCAUUGAUCGCGCUGUACUACUUCCAUCCGAACAAAUGGAAGAGAAUGAAAUAAAAGAACAAGAGAUGAAGCGACGAAAUACCGUUUUAUCCCAAGGAAUUGGUGCCAACCAUUUUGUUUAUAACCGCCAGAAAACUAACUAG